AUGAGGAAUGGACCUCACCAGCUCUGCUACAUCGACAGUUCACUAGGUGACAGCCCAUCGUCGCUAUCCUCCACCUCACUAGAAGACGCCAUAGCACCACAUUCCGAACGAGAUCAAGUUCGAAGUUCAGGUCGAAAUCAACUUGGGCGAACUUAUAGUCCUGGUCUACCGUUGUCAAUGUGCGAAAGGGAAGAAAUCGUGAAGCUGUUUCAGGCUGGAUGGAAAAUCUGCGAUAUUUCGAAGCGUCUCUGUGUCACUCAUAGCUGUGUGAGCAAGAUUUUGAACAGAUAUCGUCAGACGGGGUCAGUUCGACCAAAGGAUGCAAAGGAAGGUCGAACGGAAUCACCAUUAGUGACAGCGGUCAGAGAUUACCGGACACGUCUUGGAAUGAGCCGACAGGGUGAAAUUCGUGAACAGCUCAUCAAGGACGGAAUCUGCACUAGAGAGACCGCUCCCAGUCGAUCAUCUAUAAAUCAGUAA